AUGGAAAACAUCGAAAUCAAGAAAGCCCAAGAAUUUAAAUAUCUGGGGUCAACAAUGGACAGAGAUGGAGACAUUUACAUGGAAAUCAAGGGCAAGGUAUACAGAACUUGCGUGAGACUAGCCAUUAUGUACAGCCUAGAAACAAUCCCCUUCACGAAAGCUGCUGAAAGCAAAAUGGAGGUAGCAGAGAUGAGAAUGCUGCGUUACACGCUGGGGCUGACGAGGUUAAAUAGGGUCCCAAACGCGGAAGUUAAAAAGCAGCUGCAAACUAGAAGAUUUGGGGAUAAGCUAAGAGAAAUUCGCCGUUAUCUGCAAGGGCUGCUCUCACUUUGCCUUAUUCGACGGCGCCAUCGCAUGUGCCAAUAUGGCAGGUCUCUUGCUUUGUAUAUGGGCCACAGGAAGUCACGGCGCCUUAAGGAGAUACGGGGCAGAAACGCGAGGGAAAAGAGCCUUAUAGCUAAGGCGUCCUUGAGGCAUUAA